UUCAACUCGUCGCCUGGAUUUUCGUUAUCUCUGGGUUGACUCGCUGUGCAUCUUCCAAGGGGAUCACAAGGAUUGGUCAAUGAAGCAGCAACGAUGGGAACUGUCUAUGCAAAUUCAGUACUCAAUCUAACUGCCGUAGACUCACCCGAUAGCUACACAGGUUUAUUCUUCCAACGGCUCGAGAACAGGCUCCUGGGAUGGAGAUUCAAAGUACCAUUGGAACAAGAGCAAGGAGUGUCCUACGAGGAAUCCGUCUGGGACUGUGUACCAGCACGCAGACGCGAAUCAUUUACUAAUAACGUCCUAACCGCUCGAGCUUGGGUGUUCCAGGAGCGCUUUCUCGCACCCAGAAAUUUGUAUUUCGGCAUGGACGAGUUAUCCUGGGAAUGUAGAACGCGAAGUACUUACGAGGCCUCCCCGUUUGACGACCAAUCACUCGUAAGAGAUGGAAGCCUGCCAUUCCAUAACCCGCUUGUAGAUAUCACAAAUAGUGCGACUCAAUGGUUUCAAAUCUUAAAGCACUACAGCAAAGGUAGACUGACGGUUGAAUCGGACAAGCUCACAGCACUCUCGGGUGUCGCCAAGCUCUUCGCUCUUAAAUCUGGAAAGACGUAUAUUGCCGGGUUGUGGAAAGAGGAUUUACUAAACCAACUGCUAUGGAAAGUCGCCUCACCCACAAAUAAGAUUGGCAUCUAUCGCGCUCCGUCAUGGUCUUGGGCCGCGGUCGACAGUCAAGUCGAUUUACUUUGCGAUCAACACACCACUGAACCGAUCAAACCCCUCAUCACAGUGGAACAAUACUUCGUCGAGCCUUCCCAAUCUAUUUUCGAAGAUGGACGUGGCGCUUACGUUCUUGUUCGAACUCCCGGCCUGAAAUCGUGUCGCAUUGCUAUUUGGAAAGGAAAGAGGGGAGACUGGGGAUGGGGACAACUCGGGAACUUAGUGAUCGAACUCCCUUGGUGGUCGCCCGGAACCCAGCUCUAUAGCGAACUAUCACUUGAUAUCAAAGACCUCGAUUUAGGCUGUGAUUUCUACUUGUUGCAGCUCUUUGUUGGGACGGGGUUGGUGGUAAAGCCGACUAAUGAAGGGUCGUUUGUCAGAGUUGGCUGUUUCAGACACCUGACGGUAUACGAAUCUGAGGUGGAAAUUGGUACAGAGGAAUCAUCCCAGUUGUACAAGAGGUUUGCAAGACAGAUGGCAAAGUUGACGGAUGGAGAGCGGGGGAUUCUUGGCGACUCUGUUGGUUUGAUGAGGACGGGAACCCUCUUUACGUUAUCAAACUUGUUUAGCUGAAAAUUAUGGAGGAGGAAUAAGCGACUGGAAGAUAGGAGACAUAUGAAUAGAAGGAAACAUUGAAGGAUGAAAAGGUGGAGGGGGCAUCAGGUACGAAACUCGAUUGAUCACACGCUGAGAAAAAGGGGUGCAGUGAAUCCUGACCAGUUUGGUAUCUAAACCCAGGAGCUCGAUAUUGACAAUGAUUACUGAUCGUGGUCAGAAUGGUUCCAUUUCC